GGGGGGGUGAGGGUGAGGGUGGGGGAGAAUGGGCGGUGUGAUCGCUUUUGAUUGCAGCUGCAAUCGGUGGUGAGAUUCGAUGGGAGGAAAUAGCGGUUCCUCUGUGGAUGAUGAUGGGCCGUUUAGGGAAAGAUGUUGGUGCUUUGCCUCGCACUGAAAUGGCUGGACAUUAAAUCCCAGAGAGAGAGAGAGAGAGAGAAAAAAAAAUAUAUAGGGACCGGUGUGAGAAACGUGGAUCUGAAGGGAGGAACUUUGACCCAAUUCUGGUACAUUUAUUUAUUUGUGUAUGGAGUCCGGAUCUGAGCACAACGUUGGAAAUUUGUGCAAUACAUUGGCCACUUGUUCACACGUUGGCUUUAAGUUUGAUGCGAGACUGGAUUUGAUGCAUUAAGAAAACACCCCUCUGUGUGUGUGUCUGUGUGUGUGUCUCUGUGUGUGUGUGUGUGUCUGAGUAAGUAAAUGAUGCAACGUUGAAUUUUUUGCAACCUUUUUUUUUAACGCACACUGGUUUUCGCCUCUCGUUGAUUUUUGUCUGACUCUGGACCCCCCCCCACCCCCCCACCCCGAUUCCUGGACACCCAAGACCUCCUAAUAGCAAUAGUCCUUGCAUUUGACAUUACGCCUUAUCACGUCUUCGGGACGAGCUUCACGUGACACCGUUGCGUAGUUUAGUUUUGCGGACAAAAACGCAACAGGCGACUUGCGGGCGGCAGAGCGUCCCGCAACCUCGGAUCGGGUGACCGAGCUGUUACUAUUUUUGGAGCGAUUCUCACCCGCCGGAGAGCCAUCCACCAAUCGGCCGGUCGAUAACACUUCAAAGUGGGAUUUAAUUCAUUAUUAUUUUUCGACUGCGGGCGAAACGCAAAGAUGAGGGAAGCGUGCAGGAUCUGUGCGAGGGAGCUGUGCGGGAACCAGCGCCGGUGGAUCUUCCACACCGCAUCCAAACUCAACCUGCAGGUGAUACUGUCCCACGUGUUGGGCCGGGAGCUGUGUCGGGACGGCAAGGGCGAGUUCGCUUGCGGCAAGUGCGCCUUCAUGCUGGACCGCGUCUACCGCUUCGACACCGUCAUCGCCCGAGUGGAGGCGCUCUCCGUGGAGAGGCUGCAGCGGCUGCUGGCCGAGAGGGAGAGGGUCAAGCACUGCCUGGCCAGCCUGUACCGCAGGAGCAACGAGGAGGCGGAGGGCGUUGUCAGCAAAGAGGAAGCGGAGAAGGAGGAGGAGAGGGAGUUACUGAUGGAGGAGGCGAAGGUAGAGGAGGAAGAUGCGGAGAGGACAGUGCAUAGCUCCAGCCUGCUCCCCGACGUCCGCUACAAUGCCCUCCUUCAGGAGGACUUCACUUACUCGGGCUUCGAGUGCUGGAGCGAGCAGGGGGCUGAGGCAGCGCCCGAACAACAACAACAACAACAGCAGCAACAGCAACAGCAACAACACGAGGGCCUCGGAGGCUGCAGCAGGUCUCGCAGAUGCCGCAGCUGUGCCGCUCUGCGCGUGCCUGAUGCCGAUUACGAGGCUGUUUGCCGUGUGCCACGCAGGCUGUCCGCCAGGGGCCUGGUGAGCGAACACUCCGCCUGCACGCACAGCACCAGCAUCACCAACAGUGGAGGCACCAAUACCAAUGACGGUGGUGGCGUUGAGGAAGAGCCACCCGCUUGCGAGGCCACCCCGCCCACCGGGGUUUCGGUAUCGUUGUCGGCUGACAGCCUGGAGGAGACAUCCAAGGCCGUCUCCCCCGCUCCCGCUGCCGCCUCUCCCUCCUCCUCCGCGGAAUCACUCAGAGCCUCCGCGGAGCCAUCGCCGGGACUUGUGGUGGAGGUGUCUACGACAGAGGAUGAGGAGCGGCAACAUGUGGCCGAGCAGCACCGCCCCGGCCCCGGCCCCCAGCUGGACUCAGUGCUGAGGUUGGCCAGGGCCGUUGAAUAUCACCCGGUUCAGAGCCCACGGGGCAGCCGUCUGCCGCUCGCUGUGCGCCAACCCACAACCCCACGCCUGGCGAGUGACGGAGCAGACGAUCCCAACCCCUUGGGCUGGCACUGGCCCUGGCCACACUGCCACCUGCCCCUGGGUUUGGAGGAGGUGGCGGACUUCGAGAACCUCCUCCAGGACUUCCUGGAUGAGUACAUUCCCAUUAGCACCCAGAACCUGAUCGCUAAGCAGCAGCAGCAGCUGAGACACUAUGAGUGUGCAGCCGACCAGUGUGGCACUGAGCUGCACGAAGCCCAGGCUCAGACCCAAGGGUUGCAGGUCAGGAUCCAGGAGACUGAGGCCAUCAACAAGGUGCUGCAGGAGAAGCUGAGUGAGAUGGAAUGUGAGCUGAAGGAUGUGCGUCAAGUGGCACAGAAACAGGAGCAAUCAGUCCAGGCACUAAGUGAGACGCGAAAGAACAAGGACGAGGAGGCUGAAGACCUUUAUCACGUCAUCGAUAGCCAGAACGAGACACUCACAAAGCUGAGGGAGAUGCUCCACAGAAGCCAGCUUGAAAGCCUAAAGCGCUGUGCUGCCUGUCAGGGUGCGGAGGGUAAGCCAGGAACGCUUCAAGCUGAGCUCCUGGAGCUACAGAGCGCUUCCUUUUCCAAUCAGCUAUCACUGCAGCGUCAGCAGAGGUUGGUGAGGCAGAAGGGCUAUGAGCUGGCUGAAGCCCAACGCUGCCAGGGCCUGAUCCAGGCUGAACUUCAGGAAACCAAAGAGCAGAAGGUGGCGGCCGUCAACCUCAAUCAGGAGUUGCGGAACACCAUACAGCAGAUCCGGCAAGAACUCCAAGAAAAGGAACGUCAAUAUAAGGCUCUGGAGACUGAGCACGAGCGGGAGCUGAAUAUCCAGGAGCAGAAUAUUGAGUGCCUGAAGGAGAACUUAAGAGACAAGGAGCACUUCCUACAGCAAUAUAUCGAGCUCUUUGACUGCCAGCAAAGCACUAAAGAAAGAGACCCUCUUGUCGACAAGCUCCGUGAACGCAUCAAAGAGCGGGACAAAGCCUUGGAGCGGGCUAUUGAUGACAAGUUCAGCACCUUGGAAGAGAAGGAGGGUGAAAUCCGACAACUGCACCUGGCCCUACGUGAGAAAGAGAGGGACUUGGAUCGUGUUCGCUGUAUUCUCUCCAAUAAUGAAGAAACCAUCAGUAGUCUGGAUGGCCUGAUUAAGGGGAAGGGGCUAGAGCUGGAGCAAACCACCAUGGCAUACCGCAGCUUGCAGUGGCUGAAGCAGGAGGUGGAGGAGAAGCACGGGCGAGCCCUGAAGGAGAAGGAGACGGUCAUCGCUCAACUCCAGGCAGCACUGCACGCCCGGAACCGGGAGCUGGAGGACCUGACUGUGACGCUCGUGAACAAGGUGUGCGCGGGGGCUGGUGAGGUGACAGAGCAGCUCAGGUUGCGACUACAGGUGAAGGAGAGAAUGCUGCAGGAGGCGCUGGCUGACAGGAGCGCUGUGGCUGCCGAGCACGAGCGAGAGCUGCAGGAACUGCUCAGAGCCACCGACGCCCGCCAUCAGCAGAUGAAGAGUGCAUUGGAGGGAGUGACACGGACCAUCGCGGAGAGGGACCGGGAUCUGCAGGCACUGUGCAGGGAGCUGGCUGAGAAGGAGCGAGAAGUGGCCAAGAAGAGCGUCUGUGCCCAGGACCUUCCCAUGGAAAUAGCCCGUCUCCGUGAGCGGCUCCAGGAGAAGGAGCGACUCAUCAAUGAGCUGGUGCAGGACAGUCCCAGCAAGAACCAACGAUUCAUCCAGCUCGAGCCAAUGGAAUUGACCGACCAGCAGCAGACAGUCCCCGAGAAGGAAGCAGCACCCAAUCUGGCUUUGGCUGAGGACGAAGCGAUGCUCGACAUCGAACAUGACAACGAAGCCCUGAGCGAGAGCCAGCAGAUCAAAGAGGAACUGCAGUUGGCCCUGAGAAGAGGAGAAGAGAGCAGGCUUGAGCUGGCCACACUGCAGGCUGCACUUCCCAACCAGGAGAGAGAGUCCCGACAACAGGCAUUGGAGAUUGAAGCCCUCACAAGGAGCAUCUGUGUCAAAGAGGAGUUUAUUAAGGACCUGCAGAUGCAGCUGGUUCACCCGACAGAGCUACCGGAGGUGGAGCGGCUUAGCCAGGAGCUUCUGUCGCUGAGAGAACGGAUGGCAGACACUCAGUCACCCACCCAGAGAGACCAACAGCAGCAGCUGAGCUGUGCCCUGCAGGAGCAGGUGUUGGAACAGCAACACCUAACUGAAGCCCUGCAAGCCGAGCGACAGCUGUACGCCAGCCUUAUUAAAAACCACCACAAGCCCGACAGCUCCAGCAGGGAAAGGACGCUGGAGACGGAGUUGACGGCCGUGCAGGCGCUCCGUGAACGGCUGGAAGAGGUUCUCGGGACGAGCCGGGAGCGGGUCGGCAGGCUGGCGAGGGAUCCUGGGACGCCGGCAGAUUCUGGAGAGCUGCAUCUGGAGGGAGUUGAUAACAGUCACUUUGGAGAUGGCUUUCAGCCUGGUGCAUCAAAUUACCACCCAGUACUUGUGGAGUGUAGCCACCAGAAAGCCAUAAUGGAGACUGGCCCCGAGCAGCAGGUCACAGGGUCCGGGAGCAGCCUGGCUGGGGACCCGCAAGGGCUGCGGAGAGACCUGGAGGAGGCCAUGCUGGAGAUCCAGCACCUGGCAGAGCAGAAGACACUGCUGGAGGGAGAGCUAUCGCAGAUAAAGGCGCAGACUGCAGAGUCUGGCUACACCUCAGUGCCCCAGAUGAGAAGCGCCUUGCUUGGCCUGCACUUGGAGAUCGCAGAACUGAAAGAUGGAGAGGGAGAGGACCUGACAGGCCGGGAGUGGUGGAAGGAGGAAAGCAAAGAGAAGCUGAACGAGUGGGGCCAGCGAGAGAUCAGAAAGCUCAAAGUCAAGCUGGGGAAUGCAGAGACUAUCAGUGGCCUGCUGAAACAGCAGCUGGAGCUGAACUCUUCACUCAGCACCGAGGGAACCUUCAACCCAGAGCUGAUUGUAAACAUGGCCAAGGAAAUUGAGCGUUUGAAAGCAGAGCUCAGCUUAGCUCAGAGCCAGCGAGCGAGAGUCAGCGUCCAACUGCGUGAUGGAAGCGCCAAGCGGGCCAGACCCCAUUCUUUGGACCUCGGAAAUUUCCUAUCGCAGUGUAGAGAACAGACACCGGAGCUCAAGGUUUCUAGCCAAGAGGUAGCUGCGGGUACAUCAAGGAUCAGCCAGUGGCAACACACCGAUACCGACCUCCGGCACCAAUCCAGCCAGCUCCGUGCCGAGCUAGCCGAGUGCCGGCUCCAGAACAGGGAGCUGCAAGAGAAGCUGAUGAUGACCGAGGCCACUGUCAAAGCCCAGGACGAUCAGCUCAACCACUGCCGCGUUCUGCUUGCUGAAUCACUAGUGGAGCAAGAUAACAAACAGGUGCAAGUGGACCUGCAAGACCUGGGCUAUGAGACAUGCGGGAGAAGUGAAAAUGAGGCAGACCGAGAGGAAGCCAGCAGCCCAGAAUACGGGGAGUCCGACUUCCAGGAGCUUUUGUACCCAGCCCACAUGGAGCUUCAAUACUCGGCCUCGGAUCCCAACCCCGGGUCCCCUUCCGAGCCUCGGGUCAAGUCCUGCCUGAGGAAGGGGCUGUCGGUCGAGGACUUCGGCAGAUGCAGCGACGUGGCUCUGUUGCAGCAGCACGUGCAGAGCCUGAAGGCGCAGCUGAGCAAGUCGGACAAGAUCAUCCACAACCUGCAGUGCCGGGUUCGCUCCAUCUCCACCACCAGCGACUACGCCUCCAGCGUGGAGCGCCCCCACGGGGAACACCCCCACUUUGCGGCCACCCAGCCCAACGACGAGGAUCUCUGGCAGACAGACUCAGCCGAGCACUUCCAGGUCACGGCCCAGCCCAGCACUGAGAUCAAGCAGCUGAUUCAGAGAGUCACCUCACUGGAGGCUCAGCUGAAGAGCGCCAAACUCAUGGGUCCUUCAGCUAAAAACACCACUUGGCCAGGGAAGUACGACAGCCUGAUCCAGGCGCAGGCCCGGGAGCUUUCCCACCUCCGCCAGAAGAUGCGUGAAGGUAAGAGCAUCGGUCAGAUCCUCAAGCAACACCUGAGCGACACCACCAAGUCGUUCGAAGAGCUGCUCCGAGCCAACGACAUUGAUUACUACAUGGGACAGAGUUUCCGCGACCAGCUCUCCCAGGGCUGCCAAAUGGCAGAGAAAGUUGUGCACAAACUAACAGGCCGAGACAUCUCAAAUCUCAGUAACAAAGGAGAUCAAGAGGUGCUGGUGGUCAGAUUGAGCAAAGAGCUUCAACACAAGAACAAGACUAUCGAGUCGCUGCACGCCAAGCUCCAGACCCGCUCUGAGACACCCUGCAGCAGCCGGACCCUCUCGGAAUCGGAGCCCUCUGACAGAGCCUCCUUCGUCUCAGAUGACCAGGUCUCCACCAACGAUGAACUGGAUGCAUACCGGGAAGAGCUGGAGUCGGCCAGUGACUACUCCCAGGACGAGCAGCGGAGCGCAGAGCAUGAGGCCAAGGUUAUGACAGAUAAUCAAAGUCAUAGUGAAAAUCCAUCCCAACAUUCACCUUUCCCAUCUGUCAAUACUUCACCAUGUGGCGCCCAUCCAAACAGCAAACCCAGCAUGCCAUCUUCACAGCAACCUGCCACAGAUACAGCUCCAGCACAAAAAGGCCUCUUCUCCAGCAGUGCGCUACCAGGCCUUGAUGCCUUUCAGGCCUCGUAUUGUGCUAACUGGUAUGGUCAAGUCAGAGGCCUGCCCAUUGACUCCCAGCCUCCACUCUUUGAUCCUGCUUACGCUGGAGCACCGAGAUUCUCCCUGGCUGAGGUCCAGCAAGAACUUCACAUGUUGCAAAGACAAUUGGGAACAAGGGUUGGACUCUCCGAGCACUCGGUGAAGGCUGUGCCCACGGACCUGAGCUUUUCCGGUGCAAGCACCAGCUCGUCCCUGCAGUUAGACGCAGCCGGCUAUGUCUCGCAGUGCCACAGCGCCCCUCGCCAGGAGCUGGCCGGCAGCGGGGAGCUGAAGGACAUCCUGAGAGCGGCCAACAGUUACUUGGACAGCAGUGCUAUGUGGGAAACGGCUCGCCGACCCACCAUGUUGGGAGACAUUUCCUCUGGUUCGUCUGGGUACCAGUCAGGAAGCAACCUGACAGGUACAGAUUUGCUGGAGGAACACCUUCGGGAGAUCCGGAGCUUACGUCAGCGUUUGGAGGAAUCCAUCUGCACCAACGAUCGUCUGAGACAGCAGCUGGAAGUCCGUUUGGCUGCGGCAGCCAAAGAGAGCGCUGGUGCCCCAACCAGUAUCUACAUCCAAGGGCUGGAGACGAUGACCCAGCUGACGGAGGAGAACCGGAAGCUGAGGGAUGAGAACCUGACAAUCGAGGCCCGACUGGCUCUCAUCCCCAGAGAGCACAAGAAGGAGCUGGAACAGCUGAAGGAGGUGCUGCUCACGACCAGGGCCAGGUUGAAACUGACAGAAGCGGAAAUGGAACAGUGGAGUGAAGAGAAUAAAAGACUCCAGGCUGAGGUCAGGGACCGGCAGCAGGACCUCGUGCAGCUGAGAGAGGAGCAGCGCUGCACCCAAAGCCACAACAACAGACUCCUGCAGGAAGUCAACAUGCUACACCAGCAGCUGAACGAAAACUGCCAGCUCAUCCAUUCACUCCAGUCGGAGGUUCAGUUGUAUGAGAGCCUGUAUGGCCAGGGCAAGAGGAAAUCAUUCACAGAUGUUCAGAAUCAGUUUGGCAAUCCCUGCGCUUUUGAUAUCAGUGAGUUCCUGGUAGGAAUCCGAAGCCUUCGUAUUCAGCUGGAGCAGAGUAUCCAUGCCAACAGUUCCUUGCGGAAACAGCUGGAGCAGCAACUGGAUGAACAGCGUCAGUGCAGCAUCAAUAUCAGUCAUUUGAUCUCGUCUCAAAGGGAAGACGGCAGGAGAAAACAGGCCUUCCAAGACUGCGUGCCUUCACCGCCUGUCCGAGAUAUUGGGAUGUUAUCCCCAUUCAAGUUGCACUCCAGGUCCUCCUCCUCUGUGACCGACUUCAGUACUGAGGAAGGAACGUAUCAGAAGCACAAUGAUGGUUAUCUCAGUGAUGUGAAGAACCAGAGCUGCCCGCCUGCGAUGGACGAAGUGCCCCCAGAUGGCUCCUUUGCCAAGAAGAACGGACGUCACAUGAUUGGACACGUUGAUGACUACAAUGCGCUCCAGCAGCAGAUUCUGGAGGGAAGAAUGUUGGUUCAGAGCAUGGAGUCCAUUGUGCAAUCCUGUGUCAAUGCUGCCUUUCUGGAAAUCAAUGGGUCAAAGAAUUUGGAUCAUCAGACUGUGAAGCAGCUCUUCUCCAGCACUAACAGCCUGCGGCAGAUUCUGGACGAGGCCUGCUCACUGCUAAAGAUGUUCUGGAGGGCAGCGCUGCCAAAUCCAAACGUGGCAGCUCAGAGCAGCAAAAAGGAGCAGUCGAUGAAAGAGGAAAUCUUCAGGCUGAGAAGUAAGAUAGCGGAGCAGGAGGACCUGCUUCACAACGCCAUCAGUCGUCUGAAGGCCACCAACCAAGUGAAGGAUGGAAUGGAGCAGUUCAUUGUCAACCAGUUGACCAGAACACAUGAUGUGCUGAAGAAAGCAAGAAGUAAUCUGGAGUCUGUGCAGAUGAACGAUUGUAGCACCGCUGGUGUAAAUAUCUGCCCGAGCCCCAGCAAAGCAGAAAUCCCAUUCGGUUGCAGUCCUGGAGCCUGGGGCUUCGUGAUUCCCAAGUACCCGGAAGUUGCAGCGAGGAGUUUGGGUCAAAAUUCACUGUCUGGGAAGGAUCAAAGAUAUAGCCCAAAACCGUUUCAAGUAGGAAACAUAGCGACCUACUAAAGUCUCUCUUUCUUCCAAAACAAAACUCUAUGGAAAGAUAUUUGAAAUCCUAUCCUUACAAGAAUACAUUAGCAGAAUUGCCUUUAAAAGCAAACGUAGAUAGCACCCUCCUUUGUUUGUUGCAGAAAGAAUACUGUUCUGCACGCUCUGAACAUAAGAUAGUGACUUCUGAUGAUCCUAUUAAAAAAAAGAAUGAUUGAAUCUUGUGUGUUCUGCAUACAAAUAGGAAUGAGGGUCUGGCAUUUGUAGUGGAGACCCAUUGCUAAACAUUCUGAAAUCUUCAUAUUCUGCAUGCCGCUAAGUGCAUUUUAUCAGCCUCCGUAUUAAAUCUCUGUCCAAGUGUCUAGGACUCUUAACAAGCGUCCUGAACUUUGCAGUCUCUUUUAAGAUGCAGUGUGAUAAAGUUUAAAUAAGUUGUAUUUUGGCUAUUACCAGACCCAACGAGAACCCAUUAAUAUCGAUGAGAAGCAUGUGUUUUGUGUGAACAAAAGACUUGUGGCAGGACUAGAAAAUAAAUGAGCCUAAUAAGAUUUUAUCGGAUUUCCUGUUAGUACUGAUGUCCAAUGUAUAAUUUUAAUAUAGACAUUGUGUCCUGGAAGUAACUGGAAGAAUAUGUCCCAAGAAUAUAAACUACUGAGAAGUAAAGAAAAUAAUCACCAAACAGUCAAAAAAAGGGUACGUGCAAUAAGUCUGUUUCCGCAGCAUUAGCUUCAUCACACGCUGGAAGUAAGAUGUGAUGUAUUUGACAUAUUUAAGAACUUCACUGGAAAUAUCAAGCAUAAUAUAUGGACCGUUCUCUUUCACUGAUGCUGGGCAAUGGUAUAGUACCGUUAAGGCAGAGGUUGGGUGACUGUCUUUUAUCUAUUGUAGGCUGUUGAAAGCAGCAAACUUUAGCACUGCCUUUGUUUUUGUCUCAGCUGUACAAGGCAGUAACUUUAUUUGUGUGUGCAUGUGUAUAUAUAUUUGUACCGGGCUAUAAAACACUGCAAUUCAUUGUAUGUAGCCAAUGCACAAACAGGUACAUUUACUGCUGUGCAUCUGUACUGUAUAUUUGUAUACAUAUAAAAGGACACAAGAGUCCUUUAAUAUAUAUACCAUUCAGGAUAUACAUUGUGGAAUUUAAUGUGCCCCAUUUUCUAAUUACUGUAAAUAUGGUCAGAAUCUGGUUAUAAUUGUUUAAUUUAAACAGGAAAAAAAUCUCAAACAUAAUUGAAAAUAAUGUAUUCGGUCAUAGACUCUGAAAUGAGCACACAGAAAAACCUAGAGAAUUAUGACUCUGGGAAGAAAUACAAACCCUAUACAGUAAUCAGAUGUUAUUUGUGGUGCCAAAGCUUUUGACUUUUAUUUAAUUUUUGCUGAGCAUGGUUAUGUGCAAUGAAAAAAAAGGAAGCCAGGGAUCAAAUAAAUAGGAGGAUAUUCCCAGGAACUCUUAAUAUAAGAAAUGGAAUUGGGGGGUAGGCAAUUCUCAUUUUUGGUUUGAUGAAAUGAUCAGUAGUCACUGCUAUUUGGCAUAAGCUGCAGGGUGCCUGUGUUGAAACUUGUUUCAGUGAUCUGUAGGCCACUUUAAAAUUAACGUUUAAAGAAAUUCAGGUUCCAGAUUAUUGAAAGCAAUAUGAAGCAAUAAGUAUCCCUAUGGGAGUGCUGUAUACUGUAUAAAGUGUACAUACUGAUCAAUACUUAGUGUUUAUUCUCCAGGCUGUACAUAUUUUCCAGUGUGUGUGAGUAUAUCUUUGUUUGUACGAUGGACAGGGUAAUGUGCUCAGAGUGCAGUCUUAUGUGGCACAAUUUUGUUGUGUUCCCUGUAUUUUAGGAAAGUCAUUCUGUUAAAACAAAUGUUGUGGAUUAAGUAUGUCACACAAAAUGUUUUUCUCUUUCCUUGGUCCACAAAAAUAAAGAUGGUAAUCGUU